UUACUCACAAACUGGACCACUUUGGUAUUUAAGGUGUAUGCAAACCCAGAAGACUUGAAAUUAUCAGAGAAAAAGGAUUUGAAAACAAACCUAAAUGACCCGGAUGUCGAACGUGUCAGAAGAAAUCACCUGAAUGACAUCGAGAACAUCAUCCCGUUUGUCCUGUUGGGAACGUUCUACGUCCUGAUCAAGCCAAACCCUUGGGUGGCACUUAUGCACUUCCGGGCAUUCGCAGGCGCAAGGAUCUUCCACACCAUAGCGUACCAACUCGCACUGCCCCAGCCUUCUCGCGCGUUAGGGUUUCUCGUCGGCUACGGAAUCUGCAUGUCGAUGGCAGGACAAGUGCUGAUGGCUACUUUUUAAAAUGAGGAAAUCCCUGAAUACUCUUUAGUAGAGAAUAGAAGCUAUAUGUCUUUUAAAGCUUACUGGUAUUGCGUUAAUGAACAUUAACUUUUCACUUUCUACACAGACAUAAUCCCAGACUAUUAAUUUGAAUUUAGUAUUAAUUAUAACAAACCCAUCACUUUUUUAUUUGCCAUUUGUGAGAGAAACUUGGGUAAAUUGUAAGACUCUUCUUGGUCUGCUUUUUUAUGAUGUAGUUUAGAAUGAUUUGAUAUUAGAAUUGCAACAUAAAUAAAUAUAUAUACACAAUAAUGUAUUACACAAUCAAACGCAAAAUAAACGAUUUUGACGUUUUA